UUUGUUCAUGUUGUUGUUGUGUUGUUUAAAUCUCUGACCAAAUCAAUCAAUUGAUCAAUCAAUGAUUAUAGGAAAUUCAAGCUAGUACAUAUGGAAUCGACACCAUCUUUCGUGAAAACGCCUCGAGUAAAGGCUCGUCUGUCGGAUGUGGUGUCCACUUGGAUCACAUAUCGACAAAAAGGCGUACAGAAUCUUGUCAUACAAUCAUUAUCAAUUCUCUUGUCUGUGACCAUAUUGUUUCUGUUGUCUCAAGUGUACUACAUCUUUCUGCCAUGUCUAAAAGCAUUGUUGUGGGCUUUAUUGUGUGGUUCAGCACUGUACCCGUUCAAGAUUUGGUUGGCAAAAUUGUUAAGCGAAUGGCUGGAUCAACUUGACCGGACAAAUCGAUCGCUGUGUUUAGGGUGUCUGAUGUUGCCAAUGCAGUUAACUUGGAUGCUCUACAAUUGCUUCAUAGAAUUAAUGUCAAGCAAUCUAGUCUUGUUCGUUGUGUUUCAUUUUCGAUAUCAAAUUGUCUGCCAUGUAAGACGGUUGAGUUCGAAAUUAUUGCCGAUGGUCAUCAAAGAUGGUCACCUGGCAGCGAUUGUGAUAGCUUUAGUGGUGAUCAUCGUCCAUUUUGUGAUCUCAAUGUCUUUGGCACCUGAACAUCGGAAGUUAUCACGAUCGAUGCCAAGUGUUUUGUUGAUGGCUUGUAUCUAUGCUCUCCACUAUCAUAUGAGAAUCUUUGGUCAGCUCACAUUGCUGUUGAUUGUCUGUAUGUUUGUAGUCGGUUUGGUAGCCACUAUUUAUAACAUUGUUCAUGGCUCAACCGAGCCACCACCAUUGGAUGGCCUAGUCAAUGUUUUUCGAGAGAAUGUUCGGACCAAAGUCGAAAAUUACGCAACUUGGAUUCGCGAUAAGUACCAACAAUCGACCGACCACAUUGAUGGCAGUGACAUGAAUAUUGGCCAGCUAUUCAUUACGCGAUUGUUUACCGUUUCUGCGUUUGCCAUAGCAGAACACAUGAACGUAUCGAAUCUGCUGUUGGCCAUUGUGCUUGUUCAUUUGAUUCUUCAACGAAUGUUGGCCAUGCUCAUUAGCGAUCAAUUGUCGACCUGUAUUGAGUUCGGGAAGCGAUGGUUAGAAUCUGUCAUGGAAAAAACGGCCAAUAAAUUCAAAGAUGACAUUCUUUUCCGGAUGCUAGCAUAUUUCUUUAGACAAGGUGAUCGCUUGAUUAAAGUUGGCCUGAGAAAUAGUCUGGAUUUGUUGACUAGCAUCAGUUUGUUUGUGAUUGUCGGCUUGAUGGUCACAUUUUCGACCGUGUUCGUAUCGAUCAAGAUCUACGGAGAAUGCUACCAAACGAUAUACCUAUUGCAAAACGAAUUAAAGACCAUCGAAUUCAUCCAGGAAAGCAUUAACAUUACAAUCAAACAGAUAAGCGAACCGCAUUACGUGGAUAACCUGAUCAACGACCGUUUAAAUCUGCAAGACGAUGAAAAGAUUUUUAUCAACAAAAUGUUGGCCGAAUUUAGACACAACAUCCUGCCAUGGUUGAACAACAGCAGCAACGAUCAUCAAUCCAUUCCAUUGACGUCAGAAUCGUCCGACCGAUUAGAAUGGCUAUCGUUAAAUCAAUGGCCUAAACUAUGGAGAUUAGUCGACUACAAAAAUUUCAGUCAGCUAAUCGAGCUGUUACGAACGCAAGCUUCAUCCUAUCUGCCGAUGGUCAAGUCUAUUGUUUCGGUUUCCUAUGCAUUCGUAUUCGUCAUAUUGGAUUCCAGUACGAUGCUUGUGAGCUUUGUGUUUAAUUUUAUCAUAUUCUUACUGGCUCUGUUCUAUCUGUUGUCAUCCAGCCAAAAUAAAUACAAACCAAUCGAAUUGAUGGAUCAUAUGGCUGCCAGUUUGGUCACAUCGAAUCAAGAGGAGAAUAAAUUCAGUCAUUACGUGGAACAAGUGGUCAACAGCAUCUUUGCAGCCACUAUCAAGAUAUCAGCAUUCUAUGGCGUCUACACUUGGCUCUUGCAUUCCCUGUUUUCGAUAGGAAUAUGUUAUAUUCCGGCUGUGAUUGCGGCUAUUCUGGCAGCCGUGCCUUUGCUCAACGCGUACUGGGCUUCAUUACCGGCUUGUCUAUACCUGUACUACUUUGAGGGUAAUUUGGCUCUAGUCAAAUCAUUGUCAAUGUUUGGCCUGGCCAUGUUGCCAUCAUUCAUGGUCGAUUCUUCCAUCUACUCAGACAUUGGCAAAGGUGGACAUCCUUACCUAACGGGGUUGGCCAUUACCUGUGGAGUUGUAUACUAUGGUGUGGAAGGUGCGCUAUUUGGUCCUCUUUGGCUUUGUCUAUUGUUUAUCAUAAUGAACAUGUGUACAGAGAUGGAUGGAAAUAUCAUCUCUAUCACGCCAUGAUGAAUAUAGCGAAUGACAAAAACAAUGUUACGAAUACAUACAUUUCAUUUAUUUAUUUAA